CGCGGCGCGGCGUCGAUUGUUUUAUUGUGCGUUACAUUUCACAUUCAAUCAAAUAAUAAAUAUGUCUACGCCAAAAGCAGAAAAAGAUUUACACUUGCCUCUAUCUAGAGUAAAAACUAUUAUGAAAAGCUCUCCAGAUGUCGAAGCAGUUGGCCCGGAACCGCUAUAUUUAGUGACAAAAGUUACAGAACUCUUCGUGACAGACCUAGCGAAACGAGCAUAUAAAAACAGCGACAGCAAAUUUUUGGAAUACAAACAUAUCGCCGACGUUGUUCAAGAGGACGAUACGCUAGAGUUUCUCAGGGAGAUAAUGCCGCGAAAGAUAACCGUACGGGAGUUCAAGGCGCUGAUGGCGAAGAAGGCGGCGCGCGGCGACCGGUCGGACGACGAAUCCAGCGACGAGUCGAGCGACGAAAGCGAGACCUCGAGUGAUAACCAAGACUGACGAAGAAAGAAGCGAUCUAAACGUUAA